AUGGCAAAAAUCUCUUCAGUUUUAAACUCCAAUUUUUUUUCGUCGACCUUGGCUACUGUUAGCUACAGUACUCCUGCUAAGGUUUCACCGGAAGAUCCGGAGGAGCGUUUUAUAACACUCGCUGAAGUUUCUUGGCAUGACAACGCUAGUGAUUGUUGGAUAAUAAUCUACGAUAAAGUGUACGAUGUCACUGACUUUUUAGACGAGCAUCCGGGUGGAAGUGACAUAUUACUGGAAUGUGCUGGUCGUGAUGCCAGUGUAGCCUUUCGAGGUUCUGGACACAGUUCCCAAGCCAUGAGAGCCCUUGACAGGUUCCUGAUUGGUGAACUUCCGCUUCAUGAGAGGAUAUUCAGAAAGCCUGGAGGAUACCACUUAAGCGAUAUUCCGGCUUAG